AUGAUGAUGUUGAUGAUGAUGGUGAUGUUGAUGAAAGUUAAGGAAUGGGACGAGCAAGGAAGUGAGACUGCUAUGAAUAAAGUGUUGAAGAUAAUAGUUUUGAUAUCGAUUCUCUUGAAGCGUAAUGAUUAUCUUAGACUAAGAAGGAAAGAGAAAGUUUGGAGACGACGAAAGGAUGAAAUGAAGAUGUGUUACGCAAUAAAUUUCUCAGAAGAGAGCAAAAAGCCAUUCGAAUGCUGA